AAAAAAAAUAAAAACAGAAUACAUAACCAAGAAAAAAGAAAGGAUAGAGGGGGGUGCCUGAAACAAUGGUACACUCCAUUGCCAUUAAGCCAUGCCCAAUCCCAACCCACUCUUUCAUCACAACAAAGUCCAUCACUUUUAGGGGUUUCAGUCCUUCUUCUUCAGCCACACCCACCACCUCUCUCACCCUUCCAUCACUCUCUGUAAAAUGCCGCCAAACCGAGCUCUUUGACUCCCCACAACGCCCUCCACCUCCGCCAGUUGUAGAUUUGCCGCCCAGGGUUUAUGUGGAUCACUCCCUUUACAAAGGCAAAGCUGUGCUGACACUAUCUCCUAAACCUCCGGAAUUUUCGAUGUUGGAUUCUGGUGCAGUUAAAGUAUCUAGGGAAGGUUAUAUUCUCUUCCAGUUUGCUCCUGCAGUUGGUGGUGGUACACGCUUAUAUGAUUGGAACAGAAAGCAGGUAUUCUCACUAUCAGUAAAUGAAAUGGGAGCUCUAAUUAGCCUUGGUGCAAGGGGGUCCUGUGAAUUUGUACGUGAUCCUUUUAAGGGAAAAAGUGAUGAAGGUAAAAUCAGAAAAGUUUUGAAGGUGGAGCCACUUCUGGAUGGUUCUGGUCACUUGUUUAACUUAAGUGUUCAAAACAAGCUCAAGAAUGUGGACGAAAGCAUCUUUGUUCCUGUUACAAAAGCAGAGUUAGCAGUUUUUAACUCACUUUUCAAUUUUAUCUUGCCAUACCUUCUAGGUUGGAAUGCUUUUGGAAACUCCAUAAAGCCAGGGGUAUAUAGCCGAGUGCAUAAUGCCAGCCAAGAUACGGAGCAGAAUAUGAAUGGAACAGUUGGGGAUAAUUUGUGAAUAUGAAUGGAACAGUUAGGGAUAAUUUGUGAAGUUAAGAGCAGAGGAGGAAUUGCAGCGCCCUGUGAGAGCUUCUCAACUAAAUUGUGUUAAAAUUCUUCAUAGUAUUAUUAGAACACUCAUUCUUAAUCCUCAUUUUUCCUCAAAGUUAGGUCCAUAAUGGCAAGUGGGAUUGCUGGAUUCGGUUAUUUCCAUUUCUUUUUCAUUUCCUAGUGAGGACACCCUCCCAUGUAAUUUGUAAAUGAAUUCUAUCAAGUUAAAAGUUUUUUUUUCUAAAUAAA